UGAGCCAGCCAAGUGGUUGUGUGGUUGCGUCUCCAAAACCGGUAGCGCUUGCAGCAUGGCUGACCAACUGACUGAAGAGCAGAUUGCAGAAUUCAAAGAAGCUUUUUCACUAUUUGACAAAGAUGGUGAUGGAACUAUAACAACAAAGGAAUUGGGAGCUGUGCUGAGGUCUCUUGUACAGAAUCCUACAGAAGCAGAGUUACAGGAUGUGAUUAAUGGAGUAGAUGCUGAUGGUAAUGGCACAAUUGACUUCCCUGAAUUUCUGACAAAGAUGGCAAGAAAAAUGAAAGACACAGACAGUGAAGAAGAAAUUAGAGAAGCAUUCCGUGUGUUUGAUAAAGAUGGCAAUGGCUAUAUUAGUGCUGUAGAACUUUGUCAUGUGAUGACAAACCUUGGAGAGAAGUUAACAGAUGAAGAAGUUGAUGAAAUGAUCAGGGAAGCAGAUAUUGAUGGCAAUGGUCAAGUAAACUAUGAAGAGUUUGCACAAAUGAUGACAGCAAAGUGAAGACCUUGUACAGAGUGUGUUAAAUUUCUUGUACGAAAUUGUUUAUUUGCCUUUUGUUUGUAACUUAUCUGUAAAAGGUUUCUCCCUACUGUCAAAAAAAUAUGCGUAUAUAGUAACUAGGACUUCAUUCCUCCAUGUUUUCUUCCCUUAUCUUACUGUCAUUGUCCUGAAACCUUCUUUUAGAAAAUUGAUCAAGUAACAUGUUGCAUGUGGCUUACUCUGGAUAUAUCUAAGCCCUUCUGCACAUCUAAACUUAGAUGGAGUUGGUCAAAUGAGGGAACAUCUGAGUUAUGCCUUUUCUUAAAGUAGUCUUCUUUAGGAACUGUCAGCAUGUUGUUGUUGAAGUGUGGAGUUGUAACUCUGCAUGGACUAUGGAUAGUCAACAAUAUGUACUUAAAAGCUGCACAAUUGCAAAAUGGGUGUAUUAUCCAGGUACUUGUACACUAUUUUUUUGUACUGCUGGUCCUGUACCAGAAACAUUUUCUUUUACUGU